CUCUGACAACAACGUUAUCCCUCACCUCCAUGCUCGCACUUCACUCCCCAACGCAAGCUCACAGUUGAAGCAAAGAAAUCAAGAAACCAUGACAACGUUUUCUUACAUUACAUUUCUAGCAACCUUAACAAUAUUCAUCUUAACUUCUACAGUUCGAAGCUGUCCUGCUUCAGAUAGGGCAGCUUUGCUAGCUUUCAAAGCAGCUCUCCAUGAACCUUACUUGGGCAUCUUCAAUUCUUGGACGGGCACCGACUGCUGCCAUAACUGGUAUGGUGUCAGUUGUGACAUGGAGACCAAAAGGGUUGCUGACAUUAACCUGCGAGGUGAAUCUGAAGACCCCAUUUUCCAAAAAGCUGGUCGGUCUGGGUACAUGACUGGUUCGAUCUCUCCUUCUAUUUGCAAGCUCGAGAGGCUAUCCAGCCUUACUAUUUCUGAUUGGAAAGGGAUCUCAGGUCCGAUUCCAGCCUGCAUCACGUCUUUGCCGUUCUUGAGGAUUCUUGAUUUGAUCGGGAAUCGGAUUUCUGGUGAGAUUCCGGCAGAUAUCGGACGGUUGGAGCGGAUGACCGUUUUGAACAUCGCCGACAAUCUUAUAACAGGUAGGAUACCGAGAUCCUUGACUAAUCUGUCGAGUUUGAUGCAUCUCGAUUUACGUAACAAUCGGAUUUGGGGCCCGUUGCCUCUAGAUUUCGGGCGCCUUCGGAUGUUGAGUCGGGCUUUGUUGAGCCGAAAUUAUAUUAGUGGGACAAUUCCCGAUUCAAUUUCUAAAAUCUAUCGUCUCGCUGAUCUGGAUCUUUCCUUGAAUAAUUUAUCUGGCCAAAUACCGGCUUCAUUGGGUAAAAUGGCAGUCUUGGCAACACUAAAUCUUGAUUCCAACAAAUUGUCAGGAAAAAUACCUGAUAGUUUGUUUAAUUCAGCUAUUGGUAACUUGAACUUGAGCAAGAACUCAUUUCAAGGAUACUUACCAGAUGUUUUCGGGCCGAGAUCAUACUUCACGGUACUUGACUUAUCUUACAACAAUUUCUGGGGUCCGAUACCAAAAUCUUUGUCCCAGGCAUCAUUUAUCGGGCACUUGGAUUUGAGUCAUAACCGCCUGUGUGGGAGGAUUCCAGCAGGGCCUCCGUUCGAUCACCUCGAAGCCUCAUCGUUUGCUUAUAAUGCCUGUCUUUGUGGGAAGCCACUUGGAGCUUGCCAGUAGAGAAGAAAAUGUUCAGAUCGGCGGAGAACGGGAUUAGUUUGAUUUUUCGGGUUUGGUAAUAGAUGUUUGUAUGAAUAUUAUGUAAUGUAACAGUAACUAAAAGUGUGUUUAAUUAGUUGCGUUGUUAUGGGAAUUAAUUAAAAGGUUUCAUGCACGUAAACCUUGCAUGAAAUGGAGCUUUGAUGCAA